AUGACGACCAGACGACAACUGCAGUUAUGUCUCUGUGAUCGCGAGUGUGAAAACCCACAGCGGUCACCGAAUGCGUCGUAUGCGCGCGCGUUCAGCUCGAGUGCAGAGCCUGGCGAGGUGGGGGGCGCGGGGGAUGCUGGCGAGGCGGUGGGGGAGGUGGCGGGGCGCGGCUGCGCGCGUGGCCACUGGCGCUGCGCCAACGGCGUCUGCGUGCUCGCCGACACGCUGUGCGACGGCGUCGACAACUGCGGCGACUACAGCGACGAGCACCGCUGCAACGUGAACGAGUGCCUGGUGCUGAACGGCGAGUGCGCGCACAACUGCACGGACCUGGCGGUGGGGCGCGCGUGCUGGUGCCGCGGCGGCUGGCGGCGCGCCGGCGCCGGCGCCUGCGCCGACGUCGACGAGUGCGCCGAGGACGAGCCCUGCGACCACCGCUGCCGGAACACCAUCGGCAGCUUUGUUUGUUCCUGCAACGACGGAUACAAACUAAUGGCUGAUGGCAUUAGUUGUGAACCUAUUUCUUCCAUCAAGGCAUCCCUGAUAUUCACAAACCGCUACUACAUCCGACAAACGAGCAUUGUGAGCGAGGACGCGCCCCCGGGGUCCGCGGUGACGUCACUGCUCGUACACAACCUGACCAACGCUGUGGCGCUGGACAUGGACUGGGCGGGCGGCUGUCUCUACUGGAGUGACGUCACGCGCCUCGGCAGCUCCAUCAAGCGCGUCUGCCGAUCUGACCGCAAGGAGAAACCCCUCCAGCCUUUGUACUCGAACCCCCAUCCGCGGCAACCUCUACAUCUGCUCGAGACUUCUUCAACUGACUAUCAGCUGGUGCAGGGCGCGACGCUGCAGAACCCGGACGGGCUGGCGGUGGACUGGGUGGCGCGCAACGUGUACUGGUGCGACAAGGGCACGGACAGCAUCGAGGUGGCGCGGCUGGACGGCCGCCACCGCCGCGUGCUGCUGCGCGCCGGCCUGGCCGAGCCGCGCGCGCUCGCGCUGCAUCCGGACAAGGGGCGGCUGUACUGGUCGGACUGGGGCGCGCGGCCGCACAUCGGGCGCUGCGGCAUGGACGGGUCCGCGCGGCGCGUGCUGCUGGCCGCCGGCCUGGGCUGGCCCAACGCGCUCACGCUGCUGCCCGCCGCCAACGAGCUCUACUUCGCGGACGCGCGUGAAGACUUCGUCGCUGUCGCCGACCUCGACGGCAACCGCAUGCGCAUACUCUUCUCGAGAGAGCAGAUGCCGUGGCUGCGGCUGCACCACGUGUUCGCGCUGGCGGUGUGGGCGGGCCGCGUGUACUGGAGCGACUGGGAGACGCGCGCGCUCGAGAGCUGCCGCCGCCGCCCAGACCCCCACUACCAGGAAAGCAACAGCAGCCUGGAGCUGGAGCUGGGUGGCGCGUGGCGCUGCCGCACUGAGACGCGCACCGUGCACAAGCCCAUGGACCUGCGCGUCUACCAUCCCGCACGACAGCCUCCCUCGCCAGAGCUGUCGGCGCUGUGCGAGCGGCUGAACUGUUCGGGGCUGUGCCUGCUGGUGCCCGGCGAGGAGGGUGGUGAGGAGGGGGGCGGGGCGACGGCGCGUUGCGAGUGCCCUGAACACUUCGUGCUUGCGGAGGACGGCCGCUCCUGCACGCCCAACUGUACCACCGCCCAGUUUGUCUGUCGCACCACGCUUAAAUGUAUACCGUUUUGGUGGCGAUGUGACACACAGGACGACUGCGGCGACGGGUCGGACGAGCCGGCGUGGUGCCCGCGCUUCCGCUGCGCGCCCGGACAGUUCCAGUGCGGCAGCGGGCAGUGCGCGCACCCGGCGCACAUCUGCGACGGCGCGCCGCACUGCCGCGACGCCAGCGACGAGCGCGACUGCGACGCCUUCGCCUGCCUCGCCGCGCACAUCAAGUGUCGCGCCAACGCAACGGCGCGCGUCGCGGCCCGCUGCGUGCCCGCUGCGGCCCGCUGCGACGGCCGCCGCGACUGCCACGACGGCGACGAUGAGCUCGAGUGCCCGCCGCGCACCUGCCCGCCGCACCACUUUACGUGCGCGAACGGCGCUUGCGUGCCGUCCGUGUGGGUGUGCGACGAGGACUCGGAUUGCGGUGACGGCUCGGACGAGGGUGCCAUGUGCAGCGCGCGGAGCUGUGCGCGAGAUGAGUUCCGCUGCGCCUCGGGACGCUGCAUCCCGCGCGACUGGCUCUGCGACGCGGAGGCGGACUGCCCGGGGCGCGAGGACGAGGCGCAGUGCGGGUCGGGAGGGGCGGGGGGCGCGGCGGUGGCCUGCGAGCCGACGUACUUCCGCUGCCCGGACGCGCACUGCAUCCCGGGCCGCUGGCGCUGCGACUUCGAGGACGACUGCGGCGACGGCGCCGACGAGAUCGACUGCACGCCGCGCAACUGCUCAGAGUCCGAGUUCCGGUGCGACAACGGCGAGUGCAUCCGCGGCGCGCUGCGCUGCUCGGGCGCGGCGGAGUGCGCCGACGCGUCGGACGAGGCGGCCUGCGCGCCGCACUGCCGCGCCGACGCGCGCCUCUGCAAGCACUCGCGCCAGUGCGUGCGCAGGUACGUGCGCCACACUACACAGAUACGCUGCGCUGCUCGAGCGCGGCGGAGUGCGCCUCUGCAAGCCCUCGCGCCAGUGCGUGCGCAGGUACGUGCGCCACACUACACAGAUACGCUGCGCUGCUCGAGCGCGGCGGAGUGCGCCUCUGCAAGUCCUCGCGCCAGUGCGUGCGCAGGUACGUGCGCCACACUACACAGAUACGCUGCGCUGCUCGAGCGCGGCGGAGUGCGCCUCUGCAAGCCCUCGCGCCAGUGCGUGCGCAGGUACGUGCGCCACACUACACAGAUACGCUGCGCUGCUCGGGCGCGGCGGAGUGCGCCUCUGCAAGCACUCGCGCCAGUGCGUGCGCCACACUACACAGAUACGCUGCGCUGCUCGAGCGCGGCGGAGUGCGCCUCUGCAAGCCCUCGCGCCAGUGCGUGCGCAGGUACGUGCGCCACACUACACAGAUACGCUGCGCUGCUCGAGCGCGGCGGAGUGCGCCUCUGCAAGCCCUCGCGCCAGUGCGUGCGCAGGUACGUGCGCCACACUACACAGAUACGCUGCGCUGCUCGAGCGCGGCGGAGUGCGCCUCUGCAAGCCCUCGCGCCAGUGCGUGCGCAGGUACGUGCGCCACACUACACAGAUACGCUGCGCUGCUCGAGCGCGGCGGAGUGCGCCUCUGCAAGCCCUCGCGCCAGUGCGUGCGCAGGUACGUGCGCCACACUACACAGAUACGCUGCGCUGCUCGAGCGCGGCGGAGUGCGCCUCUGCAAGCCCUCGCGCCAGUGCGUGCGCAGGUACGUGCGCCACACUACACAGAUACGCUGCGCUGCUCGGGCGCGGCGGAGUGCGCCUCUGCAAGCACUCGCGCCAGUGCGUGCGCCACACUACACAGAUACGCUGCGCUGCUCGAGCGCGGCGGAGUGCGCCUCUGCAAGCCCUCGCGCCAGUGCGUGCGCAGGUACGUGCGCCACACUACACAGAUACGCUGCGCUGCUCGAGCGCGGCGGAGUGCGCCUCUGCAAGCCCUCGCGCCAGUGCGUGCGCAGGUACGUGCGCCACACUACACAGAUACGCUGCGCUGCUCGAGCGCGGCGGAGUGCGCCUCUGCAAGCCCUCGCGCCAGUGCGUGCGCAGGUACGUGCGCCACACUACACAGAUACGCUGCGCUGCUCGAGCGCGGCGGAGUGCGCCUCUGCAAGCCCUCGCGCCAGUGCGUGCGCAGGUACGUGCGCCACAACUACACAGCUGACACAAACCGAGCGAUAA